GUGCAGCAAGAGCAAAGAAACCACACUGCAGAACCCGUAAUAGAUGACUACAAAAAGAUGGGGACUCUCUUUGGUGAACUAAACAAAAGCCUUAUCAGAAUAGGCUUCACAAGGAUGUACUUCGGAGAACGGAUAGUAGAACCUGUCAUCUUUAUCUUCUUCUGGGUUAUGCUCUGGUUCCUUGGCCUACAAGCUCUUGGACUAGUUGCUGUUCUGUGCCUUGUCAUUAUUUAUGUACAACAGUAA